CCUAUCGUCUUUCCAUCAGAAUUGUUACAUACACCCACUGAUAGAUCAGGCUGUGCCAAGGGCUAUUAUAUACUACUCGGUCUUCAAGUAUAUGAUGUGCUCCCCCAUCCAUUCUCCACCUCCCGCAUGGCAACUGCUCCCAAACCGAGGGAAAGAACCUGGGAUCCAUCUAGUCUUCUUGCAUAUGAUGCGCUCCCGAAUCACCUGGAUGACUCUGACUCGGUCACAUCUGACCUAAAGUCUGCGACCAAUUUCUACGACCGCAGUCUGACAAGUCGUAGGUAUGCCCUCGCUGGUGUGGCAUGCUCAAGUAUUGUCAGCUGCUGUUGCAUCAUUGCAGGCGCCGUCAUUACGGCCGCUCCUGGAGGUGCGACUACUUUGGUAUUAGUAGGACGGGGCAGCACUGCACUGCAGAAAGAGAUGGUGGUCAUAUCACUAAACUUGAUCGUCACAUCAUGCACCGAAGCCAUAGGUUUUGUACACGACAUCUCAUUGCGCUCUGCGCUGGCUUCAGAGUCUCGGCUUCGUUUCAACUCUAAUCUACGCCUUCUGACUGCAGCUCGUGGAUGGAGCAACCCCAAUGGUGGCCUGCUCAAUGGUAUCAUGGCUGUCCUCCUCGUCGUGUCCUACAGCUCAGCUUCACUGGUCGCAUUAUCUUCCUACGACACUUUUUUAUACACACCUGCCAGCCGCAUCGACGUGUUUGAUGUUGAUAUCAUAGGGAUACCUCUUCUGAUUUUGGGACUCGCACUUCUUCUCCAGGUGGUGAUCGCAUUGUCAGGGAUGCGAGCUAUCAAGAUAUUAACGUGGAGUUCCUCACCUUUCGAUUUGACCGCUGCCCUGGUGCACCACGCGCAAUUGACCCCAGUUCCUUUCCGGUGCAUGCGUGGCGUGUCCGACUUGGAUGUGGAUGGAGGUCCAGCGAAGCCAUCAGAGAAACAGCCUUCUGUAUGGCAUGCGCACCCUAGCAUCCGGAAAGUUAUCAUUUCCCUUUGGUGUCUUGUCGUAGCAUGCGCUGGAUGGGGUGUCCUCAUUCUGCACAUCUACGAUACGUAUGAAGACUAUACCAGUCAGAUAACAUGGAAAUCGUGGACGUUCUUCCCCGACGAUCAGAAUUUCUUAUACGGCUUUGGGUACUCGAUGGCAGGGGGUGGCGGGGCAGGCGUUGCAUGGUGGAUUCUGACUUAUGUCAACCUGGCUGUUAUCCAGGGACCGUUGACACUUUGUCUGCACUGCUCUGAGCUCAUCGCAAACGUCAUUCGGGACGAAGGGCAUUGGAGAUGCGCUACUGGACGAAUAGGGAUUGCAUCGGUGAACCCACUGAAGUCGGUUUUCGCCAAUCCGCUCUGUCUUGCACUUUUUGUCGCGAAGCCUAUCCUGCACUGGAUAUUCGGGCUUUGUUUUGUGCUCUUCGCCGCCGUCGACCCUACAUAUGGAGUGAAUAUCGUGAUAUAUAUGUAUUCAAUGCAGAUCUUGAACUUAUGCAUAGUGCUGUUUGUAUUCGCUUGUUUCUUCACUCUCGUGGCAUUACGCCAACGGCGCGGGCCCCAGCCAGCUGCAUAUGGUCACCUUCAGACACUGGCCAACCUCGUGGAUGAGUGGUCGCCUGUGAUGUGGUGGGGCCACAAGGAAGAUGGAAUCCCGUAUUGUCAUGCUGGUAGGUACUUGGAAUGGUCACGAGGACGGAAUGAGUGGUCAGCCGCUACCGGCUGUGAAGAUGGACUGUGUUUAUGCUGGCACCAGCGUCGGGUCUCAUCCUUCCGUCUCGACUUAGGUUCGUGUCAGGCGGGCUGGCGAUGCAUUGACGGUGCUCAUAGUCAGCUAUGCCUUUACGAUGUUUGCCGCGUUCAAGUUGGAGAUGGAUCAGGAUGUUGUCAUAUGGACCCACUUCUUCGUGCGCCACCGAAUGCACAAUUGGGACACAUUGGUGAUAGAGGAUAUGAUUUACACGGCCAUGCAUGA